AUGCCUCCCCAUUCACAACUGAGACGGCGGGUCCAAAAUCAACCCACAGCAGCCGGGGUCAUACCAUACGAGCGCCAUCCCCCGGCACGUAUCCCGUCCACCCGUGGAUACCACCUGGCCAUCUCCAUCUUUAUAGUGGGCGCCAUCAUCCUCUAUGCUCAAAAGCAGACAAACCUUGUCCGAAAUGCUUUCCCUCCCCGCCGAUAUACUGCGCUCGGAGAAGAAGGGGGUGAUUUACCGGAUCUCUACGCCAUCUGCUCGAAACAAAAUGGCAAAAGCGUAUUGACGGUGCCCUUUGACUAUGAAGGUGAUGGUGAUGAAGAAGGCGUGGGUAGAGCCGACUGUGUGGUGGUGAUUGAUGGAGAGGUUGUAGAUGCGGGUGGUCUUAAGAAGAUGAGACGAAAGUGGGUUACGGAUACGUACCCGAAACCUAUCAGCGAGGCCAUGAGGAUCAUUGAUAUUCCUCCUGGACGUACAGUUACUCCUGGCUUCAUCGACUCUCACGGCCACCCCCUCGUCUAUGGGCACUCGCGGCAACUGCAGCUCCAUGGGUCUCGUUCCGUCGCCGAGGUCAUUGAGAAGGUUGAGGCGUUUGUUCUGGCCCACCCAGAAGAGGUCAAGGAGGGCAAAUGGAUCCAGGGUCUUGGCUGGGACCAAAAUCUCUGGGACGACAAGGAGUUCCCUACCGCCAGCGACCUCGACAAAUCAGACAUCCUCCGAGGCCUUCCAAUCAGCCUGUCAAGAGUCGACUUCCAUGUUGAGUGGGUUUCCUCUGCCAUCUUGACCCGCCUGGGUAAAGUCAGGGACGUCUCCGGCGGCACCGUCGUACGCGAUGAGAAGGGCAAGCCCACUGGCGUCUUUAUUGAUAAUGCUAUCAACCAGCUCGCUGCCAUUCGACCUGCAUGGACGGACGAUGACAGAGAAAGAUUCCUGAAUGUGAUGCUGAAGGACGCUCUGAAGGGUGGUCUCACUGGAGUUCAUGAUGCGCAAGGGUUUGAGAAGGAUCAGAAGUUCUGGAGAAAGAUGGCCAAGCAAGGCAAGCUUCCUAUCAGGUUCUACAACAUGCUCUCGUGCGAAGGGCGUGACUAUUGCGGCGACGAUAUCAAACCCUACGACGACUUUGACAACCACUACACCCUUCGCGCUGUCAAGCUCUUUGGCGACGGUGCUCUCGGCUCCAGGGGUGCGGCGCUGAUUGAUGAUUAUACCGACAAGCCGGGAUGGAAGGGCAUGAUGCUGAAAGAUGAGAAUAUCUGGAACGAUCUGAUUAAAAAGUGGUACAAUGCUGUAACUAACAUAUGGCAGAAUGUUCACACCAUCGGUGACCGGGCCGGCAAAGUAGUGCUGGAUGCUAUCGCGGGUUCGACCAACGACCCCGUUGCUCGCCGAGACGCCAGAUUCAGACUUGAACAUUCGCAGAUCUUGACCCAGGAGGAUAUCAAGCGAGCAGCGUACAUGGGUGUGAUUGCUAGCGUCCAGCCUACGCAUGCUACCAGUGAUAUGUGGUACGCUGAAGACCGGCUUGGUCCUGAACGUAUCAAGGGCGCUUACGCCUGGCGCUCGUACCUCAACGAAUCUGGUAUCAUCACCCUCGGCUCCGACUUUCCCGUGGAAUCCAUUGACCCUCUGCACACCUUCUACGCCGCGGUCACUCGCUUAUCGGUGGAUGGAACAUCGCCCCAUGGAAAGGAAGGAUGGUACAAGGAACAAAAGCUGGAGAGAUGGGAAGCUCUGAGAGGACUUACUGUUGGAGGGGCAUUCGCGUCGUUCAGCGAAGAUAGAAUCGGAUCCCUGACAGAGGGCAAGAGGUUCGAUGCUGUUGUCUGGGAUCGUGAUCUCUUGACGGUACCGGAGGAUGAGAUCUUGGAUGCCAAGGUCAAGGCUGUCAUUGUGGACGGUCAACUUGUAUAUGGUUCGAUCUGA